UGCUGCUGUGGAACACAGCAAUAUGGCUCAAGGCAAUCACACCACAGUGACCCAGUUUGUCCUCCUAGGACUAACAAGUGACCCUAAGCUGCAGACUCCUCUCUUCAUAAUCUUCUUAAUGAUUUAUCUCGUCACUCUGAUGGGCAAUCUUGGGCUGAUAACCUUGAUCGAGACCAACCCCCGGCUGCACACUCCCAUGUACUUCUUCCUUUGCAACCUGUCUGUUGUUGAUCUUUGCUACUCCUGUGUCUUUUCUCCAAAGCUGCUUAUUGGCUUCUUGAUGGAAAAGAAAACCAUUUCUUACUCUGCCUGCUUCGCCCAGCAUUUCUUUUUCCUUAUGUUUGUGACCACAGAGGUGUUCCUGCUGGCUGUGAUGGCAUAUGACCGCUAUGUCGCUGUUUGCAACCCGCUUCUCUACACUGCUUUGAUGCCCAGGAGUGUCUGCACUCAGCUGGUGGCUGGGUCAUACAUAGGGGGGGUUCUGAACUCACUAAUCCAAACGUGUUGCUUGCUGCCAUUGCCUUUUUGUGGACCAAAUACCAUCAACCAUUACUUCUGUGACACUAACCCUCUGCUGAAACUCACCUGCUCCGACAACCACCUCAAUGAGCUUCUGCUUGUAACCUUCAACGGAACCAUUUCCAUGUCUGUGCUUUUCAUCAUCAUCAUCUCCUACGUACACAUCCUUUUCUCCAUCCUGAGGAUUAGGUCUGCUGGAGGAAGGCGCAAAGCCUUCUCCACCUGUGCCUCCCACCUGCUGACCAUUACCUUGUUCUACGUGCCUGCAGGGCUGAGCCACAUGCAGCCAGGCUCCAAGUACUCGGUGGAGAUGGAGAAAGUCACUGCUGUGUUUUACACCUUGAUCGUCCCCAUGCUCAACCCUCUGAUCUACAGCCUGAGGAACAAGGAAGUCAAAGAUGCCCUGAGAAAAGCAACAGCAAAUAAAGUUUUUGUGAGGUGCCUGCUGACCAAACUGACCCAAACCAGCCAAUAAAACUCCUACUGUUUCCCUUUUUAACUAGUCUAAUGUCAGCUGCCCAGAGGAGUAAGGAACCACCUAUUCACAGAAGCAGGUACAGCACAUUUUAGCCAUGCUUUAAACUCUGCAGAGAAUGUUAACAAGCAUCCUGUCAU